CGCUUGAUUUGCGAUCGUCCAUUUGACACCGGCCACGCAAACAAAGUUGACAUUUGCAAAUUUCUUUAUUUAUUGGUAUACUCUUCGAUAUGGCAGAUAAAGAAACAGUUGACGAACUAUUUGAAAUCAAAACAAAUUUCUACAUAGGGAAUUACCAACAAUGUAUCAAUGAAGCCCAACGGAUCAAGCCAUCUAAUCCUGAUGUGCGAACAGAGAAGGAUGUCCUGUUGUACAGAGCCUAUAUUGCACAGAAGAAGUAUGGUGUUGUUCUGGAUGAAAUUAAACCCUCUCAUCCUCAGGAACUUCUAGCUGUCCGCAAGUUCGCUGAAUUUCUAGCUAAUGAGAGUCAGAGGGACAAGAUUGUCAGGGAUUUGGAUAGUAAGAUGGGAUCAAGUGUGGACGUCUCUAACAGCACAUUUCUGCUCAUGGCCGCCUCCAUCUACUUUCAUGACCAGAAUUAUGAUGCUGCAUUGAGGAUUCUGCAUUCAUCCGAGUCUAUUGAAUGCAUGGCGCUGACAGUCCAGAUUCUUUUGAAAUUAGAUCGGGUUGACCUUGCCAAGAAGGAGUUGAAGCGCAUGCAGGACACAGAUGAGGACAGCAUCCUCACCCAGCUUGCCAAUGGAUGGUUUAACCUUGCUGUUGGAGGAGAGAAGUUCCAGGAUGCCUACUACAUAUUUCAAGAGAUGGGUGACAAGUUUGCCAGUACGCCCCUCCUUCUGAACAACCAAGCGGCCUGCUACAUGGGGCAAGGCAGGUUUGAGGAUGCAGAGGGCUGUCUGCAGGAGGCACUGGAUAAGGAUAGCAACAAUCCCGAGACGCUGGUCAAUCUGAUAGUACUGUCCCAACACCUUGGAAAGGCCCCAGAGGUGAGCAGCAGGUACAUUUCUCAGCUGAAAGACUCACACAGAAAUCACCCAUUCGUCAAAGACUACCUGCAUAAAGAAAGUGAAUUUGAUCGUGUGUGCCAAAACUACUCAGCAUCAGUGUUGGCGUAAGAAGAUCAUGUUGUAUGGAGAUUCAAAGGUUACAUGCACAAUUGAAAAACUCAUACAGAGAAUAAAACAAGUAUGCCUCAUUGAUGGUUUCAUUCUGUGGAUUGCUUUGUUUUUUAUGACCCAUGUUUUUUGUUAGCAACAUUAUUUUUGCAAUUUAUUUUGAAAGCUGUUUGUUUGAUUAUUAGUACAAAAUUCUAAGUAAAGGAAUUAUUCAUUUCAUAUUGUUAGUCUGAACAUAUAUAUUGGAGCAAUUACAUUGUUUAUAAAAUCUAAACGUAUAUAACUCAUGUUCAGAUACUCGUAUUAAAAUACAAAAACAGGUUUUUCUUUUGAACUGAACAUAGGUUACUUCCAUUCUUCGGGUAUACCACUCUUAUACCAAGACCGAAUAGUUGUAUACUUGAUUCUUUUGGUAAUGUAUUUUCGAUUUUGUUUUACUGCUUAUUUACUUAUAAAUCACAAUUGUUUAUGUUUAGGAUAAGCCAAGAAUUAUGGUAUAUUUCUUAAUUAUGUUGCACAAAUGUUUCUUUUAUAUGGAAAUGCAGCAUGAUAUACAUAAACAUUUGAUGAAAAUGUUUAAACCAUUAUUGCAUAGAUGUUCAUUUAGCAAGUAAUAUUUAUUUCUGUUUAUUUUCAUUAUUGUCAAAUGUUUAUUACAUUAUAGUGUGGACCUUUUUACAUUAUUUGAUUGUAUCUACAUGGAAAACAAAAUAAAAUAAUAAAAUAUG